UGCUGGGACGGACGAAGAAAUAAACGCUCGUAAAAAGACUACUAGAAAGAAAGAUCGCUUACUAACAGUAAAUAGCGGAUGUUGAUCGCUUCCGCGAAGUAAGCCAGCAUAUGCAUGCUAUUUAGUUACGUUAUUUAUUCGAUAUUAUAGCAAUUUCCGCGAAAAUCGAAUGUCAGCAUUCAAACAGUGACGUCACCCAAGGUUCUAAUCAUCGGCCAUUUUGAGUGCUGGCCUGCACAAUGGAAGAUAAGGCAUCGUUGAAAGAAUUGGACCAAUGGAUAGAACAAUUAAAUGAAUGCAAACAACUGACAGAAAGUCAAGUAAAAACUCUCUGCGAAAAGGCGAAAGAAAUAUUGACAACAGAGUCCAAUGUUCAAGAAGUGAAAUGCCCAGUGACUGUUUGUGGCGAUGUCCAUGGACAGUUCCACGACUUGAUGGAACUGUUUCGAAUAGGUGGCCGCUCUCCAGACACAAAUUAUCUUUUCAUGGGAGAUUAUGUUGAUCGUGGCUAUUACUCCGUGGAGACAGUGACACUUUUAGUUGCUUUGAAGGUUCGUUAUCGAGAAAGAAUAACUAUUCUUCGUGGCAAUCAUGAAUCACGGCAAAUCACACAAGUUUAUGGCUUUUAUGAUGAGUGUUUGCGCAAGUAUGGUAAUGCUAAUGUGUGGAAAUUCUUCACGGAUUUGUUUGAUUACCUGCCUUUGACAGCCCUUGUUGAUGGGCAGAUUUUUUGUCUGCAUGGUGGCCUUUCACCAUCAAUUGAUACGCUUGAUCAUAUACGGGCGCUUGACCGCCUUCAGGAAGUUCCACAUGAGGGUCCAAUGUGCGACUUGCUUUGGUCUGAUCCGGAUGACAGAGGUGGUUGGGGCAUAUCACCUCGUGGAGCCGGUUACACCUUCGGACAGGAUAUUUCGGAGACAUUCAAUCACUCAAAUGGCCUGACACUGGUGUCUCGUGCACAUCAACUUGUAAUGGAAGGCUAUAACUGGUGUCACGAUCGCAAUGUUGUUACAAUCUUCUCUGCUCCAAAUUACUGUUACCGUUGUGGGAAUCAAGCGGCUAUAAUGGAACUGGAUGAUGCUCUGAAGUACUCGUUCCUGCAGUUUGACCCAGCUCCGAGACGUGGAGAGCCUCAUGUCACACGGCGGACACCAGAUUACUUCCUCUAGGUUGCUGCUAUUGCUGCUGUUGCACUUCACCUCAUCCAGUCACAUACAUUACAUACAUACAUACCAUAUUAUAUAUACAUAUAUAAAUAAAUACUGUGCGUGUCCCUGGUGGUACAGUAAAAUCUCGUUACUGCAUGGUGUUCCUGAUUAUUUUUCUCCUGUUCCUUCUGUGUGAAUAUUUGGUAUUGGAAGUGUGUGGACUAGGAAUUCCUGUUAGGUCUCCACCUUUCCUUUCCACUGCAUUUUUCCACAGUCGACUCUUCUGGUGAAGUAGGAGUGACGGACUUGUUAAGAGAUGCUGUAACGAGAUCAUACUGUGCUGUUGCAAUUACAGAGGCUCUAUUAUGUUGAUGUGCCUCUUUUGAACCAUGCUGGAAGGAGGGGGCCAUCUGCAUAGCAUUGUAGGAUUGUACCUAUUCGUCUCCAGUAGCAAAAUAUGACUGGUAAAUAAUACGUGAGUUUGCUGCUGUGUUCAUUCUGAGCAACCUGGAGAGUCGCCCAUGGCUGAGGGAUGUCUUGCGGAAUGCUGAUUUCCCUGCCUGUCUGAUGCGUUUUAGGAGUAGUCCUUCUAAGUGGACACACAUUCUUUUGUUUUCUACAAACUUUCCAUGUAUUGAUUGUAUUGUAAACUGAACGCUGUGUUGCGUAUUGUAUUAUUAGUUAUUAUGACUCGUAAGAGUUAUCUUUUUAAAAUUGCAUAAUGAUGCAUAAUAAAUCUAUUGUAUUUGCACAGUGUCUUGAUCACAUCGACUCCCCUUGCCCUAGGCCUUUCUUCUUGAGAAUACAGUCUGUUUAAAUAAUUUUGACAGUAUUUUAAAUAAUUCUCAUCCACACUUUUCACAUUACAGUUUUUAUUGUUAUAUACAAGAGGCUGUAAGUAUUGCCUGCCUUGAAGGAAUUUAUUUAAUGAUUUUUUUUUUUCUGUCUUUGACUCAGUUUUCCUACUUUAUUGACUACUUUUGUAAAAAUAAUUAAUUAUCCUCAUGUAAGAACUCAUAUUUUUAUAAUUUUGUUUUAAUUUAUCAUUUUAUUAAUUGGCAAGGCAGAGUCUUCUCUGCUGAGAAUGUUAUAAAUGUUUAUAAAAUAUGCUGAAAACUGUAAACUUAUGUUUCCUUUACUCAAAGCAAUAUCUUUUCUACUUCUUCACUAUACUUUGUAUUGGACAUUCCCAGUACUUUCGUCUGUCAAAUUUUCGUUCAUGUGGUAUAUUUUAAUAAUACUCUACAGCACUAGUUUUGCACUUUGUCACAGUCAGUAUCCAGUGUGGUAAAUGCUGACAUGCUAUUCAAAAAUGUUUUCUGACUUUGAGAAUUCCUAUGUUUCCAUUUCUUUGUAUUAUUUUAUUGAAAUACUAUGUGAAUUUUGAUUAAGAA